AUGGCCAAAUAUUCCGUUCGAGUAUUUAUCAUUUGGCUUGCCUCUAUCGAUUUAACAGCAUGUUUGUUUGGUAUGCCUUUUGAGAUGAUUGAUAUUAGAUACGACUACACAUUUUCAUCUGUUGGUGCUUGUAAAUUCUUUAGAUUUCUAAAUCACAUUUUAACAGUGGCCUCCUGCUGUUUAUUGACGACAAUUGCUAUAGAAAGACAUAAGAUAAUUGUCAAAAACUUGCCUGUACUAUUUGCUAAUUCAAAAAGGUCAAAUGUCAUAUCUGCAAGUCUGGUAGGAUUAGGCACGAUAUUUGCAAUUCCUGCAGUUAUAUUUCAAGGUCUAAAUGAAAAAGAAACAGAUAAGUUUGGCCUAACGGGUAAGGAUUGCAGCUUGUUAUCGGAAUAUCAAAAUGUUCAUUCUGCAGGAGUUUAUUACAGUAUAAUAGUUGUAAUAGGUUCAGUUAACACUGUCAUGUGUAUCGUUUUAUAUGGAAGAAUACUGCGUAAAAUUUGUACCAGAAAAGAAUGGAGGAAAUCAUUAGGAAAAAAUAAAACAGUUCCGUCUUUGAAUAUAACUUUGGAAAUAAGUUCGGGAACCACCCAGAUAACCUGUCAAAAUGGGGAGGAAAAAAUAGAUGAAUUACACACUAGAAUGGCUAACAGUGAAAAGAAAAAGGUUACUCGUUCAACACACAAUCUUGAGAAUGCGAUUCGACUAACAAUAAGCCUCAUGAUAGCAACCGCUAUUUCCUACAUAGGAUAUAUGGUGCAUAAUUUUACUUUCAUGGUAAUUAUGCUCAAUCCAAAAAUGUAUCAAAAUAUUGGCCGACCAGCAUCCAACAUUCUAGUGCGCGGAUAUUUUGUCAACAAUGCAGCCAAUCCUAUCGUAUUUUGUCUUUUGGAUAGCACUUUUAGACAGGAAUGCUUAAAAUUGUAUGGAAACUAA